AUCUCGGCAGCGGAGCGAGCUUGCUUGCAUAUUUCUUUGCACUGCGUGCAAGCUACCAGUCCACACGCGCUGCAUCGCUGCCGCAACAAAACCGUGCUGCAAGUUUCACGCCGUAGCGUACAACAAUACAAGCAACAAACCAUGCCAGCCCAGCGCCGCCGCCGCGGCGCCCGCCUGAUCACGUCCUGCGCCACCGUAACAUUAACGUUUGUAGCUCUGCUGGCCUUCUACCAGCUCGAGCCGUUACAAGUCGAAACCACAGUAAGCCAGCCUCAAAUCCCAAAGCACCAGCUCCGACCACCAGCAAGAGUAGCACGGCACGUCGACCGCCAGGUCCCACCGAAAGCUCAAAAGCACUUCUACUCCCAGCCUUCGUCCUCACACACGGCCGCCGCUCUGACCAAGCGAGGCUGGCGCCAGACCAAAAACCCCGAAGAGGCCGAGGUACUGUGGUACCAGCGCAAGCAAUUGAUAGAUUGGGGCCAUGUCCAGAAGUGGCAGCUCGUGAACCAUGUCCGACGGGAGCGAGAUAUCGGGCACAAGCGCAACCUGGCGCGAAGGCUGCAGGGCACGGCUGCGGCGCGGUGGGUGCCCGAGACGUAUGACCUGUCUGAUAAGGUACAAGCAGCCAAUUUCGCGAAGGUCGCCCUGGAGGAAGAGCCAUCAAGUGCCAUCAAGUGGUUGGUGAAGCGGCCGGGCACGGACGGGGGGAAAGGUAUCGAGUUAGUGCAGAACGCUAGGGAUGUGUUAGAUGGUACUUCUGUGAAAAGAUCAAUGAAAGAUAGAUUAGCUCAAAGAUACGUGUCUGAUUUGCUACUGACCCCUGAUGGCAGGAAGUUUGAUCUGCGGGUCUACUGGGUCGUCGCGUCGUUUCGACCGGAGCUCGUCCUUUACGGAGGCGGUACUUUGCGGGUGUCGGCGUCGAACUUCACGGGUGGAGGCAAGGGCACUCACCUAACAAAUGCGGCGCAGCAGCAGGGCGGCCAUAGUUCCCAUGACGAAUCGACGCGAAGAUCGAUGCAAGAGCUGUGGGACCAACUUUCGUCGGAGAAACGAGAAGGAUGGCCCGCUGACCCCGCGGCCUACGUCGACUGCCACAUCCGCAAGACGAUCCAAGACGUCUGGCGGGCCUACGAAAGUACCGAAAAGCAUCUGCUCGAGCCGCGCGAGACGCACGACGCGUUUAUUUUGCUGGGUUUGGACGUCAUGAUCGACGCCAACCUGAAUGUGUACCUCUCGGAAGUGCAGAGCGGCUGCGGCCUGCCCACAAAUACGAAGGCCGUGCGCGACGUCGUCCUGAAGCUCGUGCCCGACCUGCUGGACGUCGUGUUCGCCGUCAAGGACGCUUCGUAUAACGAAAAGCCGCCCCACGCGGCGGCGAUUGCUCUUGCUGAGGCUCGAGGCUUCGAGGUCCUCGCGAACGGCGGGGCGACGCCGGAGCCGCGCGCGUGUCGCGGGUUGUAGUUGUUUUUUGUGGUGAAUAAGUUUCUAUGUUGUG